AUGGCAAUCAAAUAUCUUCUUUUUAUUCUAGCUUGUGUGUUUGUUUCUGCAGGAGAUGCAAAAGUGAGAUGCAUUGUGAGAGAGAGACAAACUCUUCUAAGCUUCAAGAGUGGCCUCAUCGAUGACUACGAUAUUCUCUCGUCAUGGCGAAGCGACGAAUGCUGCAAAUGGGAUGGUGUUGAAUGCAGCAAUACCACUGGCCAUGUCAUCGCCCUCCGACUUAAUGCUGCUAACUAUUAUGGUGUAUUGCAAGGUGAGGUUGGUUCUUCCUUGCUUGAGUUGCAUCAUUUAAACUAUCUUGACCUCAGUUGGAAUGAUUUUGGAGGCAAUCCAAUCCCAAAAUUCAUUGGUUCCAUGAAACAGUUACAACACUUGUAUCUCAUCGGUUGUAACUUUGGUGGGAUUGUUCCUCCUCAGUUAGGGAAUCUUACCAACCUGAAAUCACUUGAUCUCUCAGAAAACUCUUUGAAGAUUGAGAAUCUCGAUUGGCUUACAAGUCUCUCUUUGUUGUCUUAUCUUAGUUUGAGUCAAAUCGACUUGAGUCAAACUAACUGGCUGCAGCAUAUCCUGAGCCUUCACUCCCUCCAUGAAUUGCACUUGGACUCUUGUAACAUAGGAGGCACAACUCUAGUGGGACCAUCUGUUAAUUCUUCUUCUACAUCUCUUUCUAUCAUUUCUUUGUCAGAUAAUCAGCUCACCUUUUCCUCGCUCCAUUGGUUAUCUAACAUAAGCAGAACUCUAGUAGAACUAGACAUUUCAACCAAUGCUUUAGGAGGCCCAAUUCCUGACGCACUCAUAGAGAGAUUGGUGCUUAUAGAGUAUCUUGAUCUUUCUAAUAACACGCUUGAAGUCCUUUAUGAAAAUGACUUAAGAGGAAACCUUGAUGAGUUGUUUGGAAAUAGUACUUCCGAGAAAGGAAUAUUGGAAUCGCUCCAGAUUCUGGACUUGGCUCGAAAUGAACUCAAUGGAUCUGUGCCGGACCUGAGAGCAUUUUCUGCAUUGACAGAAGUGUACCUUGGUGAAAACAACUUCACAGGCUCCAUUCCUCUAAGUAUAGGCCAACUCUCUGAGCUUCAGGUUCUAGAUCUUUCUAGUAAUUCUUUGAACGGCGUAGUCUCAGAAUCCCACUUCGACAAGCUCGGCAAGUUGAAGAAACUAGAUUUAUCCUUCAAUUCAUUGAUCUUGCAUUUUGCUCCUAAUUGGAGGCCAACUUUUCAGUUGGAUUCUAUAUUUUUAGCUGGAUGCAAUGUGGGGCCAUCUUUCCCAGAAUGGAUUCAAACUCAGAGAACUUUCUCAUACCUUGAUCUCUCUAGAGCUAAUAUAACAGGUGAAGUCCCAACAUGGUUGUGGAAUGUAUCCCCUUCACUAGAGAGCGUAUAUCUUUUUGACAAUCAAAUUACUGGUACUGUUCCGAAUCUCUCAUCCACUUCCAUCCGGGACAUAGAUCUUAGUAAGAAUAGUAUCUCAGGUCCCAUUCCAUUAUUUUAUGCCCAUGUUGAGCAUAUUCAUUUGAGUGGAAAUAUGUUUUCUGGACCAAUUUCAUCCAUCUGCAGUGUUCUCCAUACUUUGUUUUGGAUUGACCUCUCCAAUAAUCAGUUGGGAGGAGAGAUUCCCAACUGUUGGGAGAAAAAACCAAACUUGUUCUCUUUUAAUUUGGCAAACAACAAGUUUUGGGGUGAAAUUCCUCCCUCUUUGGGGUCUUUACAUGGCCUCCAUGUGCUACAGUUGCGUGGUAAUAGUUUAUCUGGAGAGUUUCCUUCCACUUUGAGACGUUGCCAAGAACUGAGCUUCGUUGAUGCUGCAGGGAAUGAGUUAACCGGAGAGAUUCCCACUUGGAUCGGGGAGGUGUAUAAUAUGAGAUUUCUAAUCCUUGCAAGAAAUAAAUUGCAUGGUAGUAUUCCUGUUGAAAUAUGCAAUCUUACUCAUAUUCGAAUUCUGGACUUGUCCGAAAACAACUUGUCAGGAAAAAUACCAGAUUGCUUCAACAAUUUUACUGCAAUGGCUCAAAAGAAUGUACCAGCUGGUACGAAUCGUACGGGAUAUCUUAAAUUCUUCACUUACAAUAAUAUUCUUCCAAAUGUGCAUAUUGUAAGGUACUAUGAGUAUUCGUCAAUUCAAUGGAAGGGUCAGGAACUGGAAUAUAGGAAAAAUCUCAAUCUUCUUAAACUCAUUGAUUUUUCAUGCAAUAGAUUGAGUGGAAACAUUCCCCAAUCUUUUUCCAGUAUGAGGGGAUUGAUUUCCUUGAACCUAUCAUCAAAUAGGUUCACAGGCAACAUAAUUCCAUAUAUUGGUGAGAUGGAGAUGUUGGAAUGUCUUGAUCUAUCAAACAAUCAAUUGUCUGGAAAAAUACCCACAAGCUUGGCACAACUACAGUACUUGGCUGUUCUUGAUUUGUCAAACAACAUUUUGUCUGGAGAAAUUCCAACAAGUACUCAACUCCAGAGCUUCAAUGCAUCUGCUUACGCCAAGAAUGAGGGACUCUGUGGGAUCCCUCUCGCGUUGUGCCCCGGCGAUAGCUUGAGGCCGUCCACCACUAAUCCGGGGGAAAACAUGAAUAAGAAAGGCGGCAGCCUCUCUUUUAUGCAAGAAGUGGCCAUAUCAAUGGGCUUUGGUUUUAUAUUUGGAUUUUGGGGAGUGGUUGGUACCUUCGUACUGAAGAAAUCGUGGAGAAUUGCAUUCUUCAACUUCUUUGAUGAUGUUGGAGAUUGGUUCUAUGUGAGGAUCGCUAUAUAA